AUGUCGUGGCUCAAGUCAGCUGUGGGCCGAUCCAAAGCGGCAGGGCAUGAUCGGUUACCGCCGCUGAACUCGCGUCUAGGAGACUGGACAGGUGACUUUCGUGAUGUAAACAAAUAUGCUGAAGGAUUUCUUGAUCAACUGACCCUGCCUGGAGAGAUCUCAGCCAUGGCAUACGAGCCGGGCAUGGGGUAUUUGGCUGUGGGCACAUCAGCUGGCACUGUCCAUUUGUUCGGCUCGCCAUGUGUGCGUAUGGCUCUCACGCUCCGUCCUGCCUUGCGAGUGAAGCACAUUCUGUUCAAGUCUGACACCUAUCUGAUGAUUUGUAUUGAUGAGAAAGAUAAUCUGAAUGUGUACGACCUCUCUCGCCGUGAUCCGCAUGCUGCUGCGAUGCAUGGCGCGCGCAGGGCAGCGCCCGGUCAGACACAAAUGACGAAUUCUGAUGCACCUAUGCGUAUCGGUAUUCACUCGGCUCGCAACGUUGUGCUGUGUGCUGAAGUGACGUCGAUUCACAGCAUGUUGUUUCUUGGAUUGACGGACGGGUCCGUGGAAGCUUAUGAUUUAGAACGAUUUUGCGGUACACAGUACCGUAUUCCGAACCUUUGGUGGAAUGAAGAGGAAAUUCUACGUCGGUCGCAGGUGCCAAACGCACCGAGCCGCUUGCAUACGCCCCUGAUUAUCGAUAUCCAAACGCACCCUCGCGAUCCAGGCAUUUUGCUGUUAUGCUAUGAAGGCGGUGCAGUGAUCUACUCUAUCCGCCAAAGCACAGCGAUCCAUGUGUUCCAACUCCGCUUACUCCCUGGUGCCCCCGGUCCCGUGCCUAGCGCACCGCUUGAGGAAGUCUGGAGUGAGCGCCUGUGUCCUGCCACCGCUAUAUCUUGGAGUCCAUGCGGUACCAUGUUUGUGAUGGGACAUGAGAAUGGUGCGCUUUCGUUCUGGCACAUAGCCGAGGAAGACAAGCCGCUCAUGGUCCGCACACUGGACGAUAUUGAUAUCGACAGACCUGUGCUACCCGAGCAGCUUCCCAAGACAUCCGCUGGUCCACGGGAGCCUAUCUUCAAGUUGACGUGGUCGAGCUUCCCUGAGCAAGGAUGGUAUGAAUACGGCGCUCAGGCGGCGGGCUCAUGGGCUGGCUCUGGAACGGCUCAGGCGAAUACGAGUGCGAACCACGGAUCGGCUCAAAAUGGCACCGUGCUGACCGUCAUGGGUGGCACCCCUGUUGAUCAGCCAGCCACGAGUCUGCAUACGUUUCAUUUCCCCCCAACACCCGCCGCCAGCUUUUUUUCGGCCAGCGCAUCCGAUGCAUCCGCUCGAGCGCGCACGGCACUCCGAGACUCGCUGCAGCCCACGUACGUCGGUGCGUAUCGCACAGCAAGCAUCGUGGAGGACUUUUGCCUGCUUCCACGCCUGAGUCCACACUUUGGUGGCACGCAUGAUCCAUACGCUAUUCUCGUACUGGUGGGCCAGGAUGCAUCGCUGCCAUCGCUAGCUGUUCAGAGUACGCGUCGUGGAAUGGAUGUAUUCUCUUUCCCACCAUUGCAAGGGCCGCACUCAUACGAGCGGCUGUCUCUUCCGCUCCCACUCGCAUUCUCGGGACGCGGCACCAUCCUGGGCUGCCACAUGGCCACGGUGCCCGUGAUGCAGUAUCGCCGUCUUGUACAGCAGGCGCCGAAUCAUCCCCUUGGUACCAUCAAAUACGACCAGCCUAUGGGUGGCGUAGCUAAACCACAGGUCCAAAACGCCAAGCUGAUGCAUGCCCAAGCUUUGGCUCAAAAAGGCCAGCCUCGCAUCCUUAUUACAUGGCAUCUUGAUGGCCGCGUGCGCCUGCACGAUGUAAGCCCUCAUCUGCUGCUGUUGGGUGAAGAAGACUCUCGUCGUGGCGUCGUACUCGUGGAUCCAUUUCCUACGCAGCUGUCGCACUUGACCUUGCACGUUCGAGACCAUGUGCUUCACCCAAGUAUGUUCGGUAUGCCAGCUCUAGACACACUUCAGCGCUUUCCGAUGCAGAUUCAGAUCGAUCAUGUUCAAGUGGCAUGGGACUCACUCGAGUGUGUUGUGUCGCUUACUACGGGACAUGCAUUGCAUUACGCUCUCGGUUCGGGUACCGUGAUCAAUACGACUACGUCACCGCUUGUUGAUGCGAUGCAUCAAAUGCGUAUGGACGACAGUCCCGCGGAUCAUGUAACCGAAUUUACGUCGCUGGAGCCUUUGGCCAACCAUGAAAGCAGCGGCUUUCAGCCUAAUACACUGAUGAGCCUUCUUCCCGGAAGUCCUACUUGCAGUGCCCUAUCUGAUGUCGGACUGUACGCCUGUGCAUAUGGGGGGAUGCUUGUAGUGGCUGACUGUCGGUCGCACGACAUUGUCGUCCGUGCUGGCUCGGGCAAUGCUGAUUUCUUUUCCAGGCAGCUCGGUUCACGCGAGGCCAAAAUCAUCGAACACGAAAGCAGCUCAGAGAUUGUGUGGCAACGAUUUAGCGUUUGCCGCACCGUAUCGGACUCGAUCCUUGCUCUCCGACUCCUUGUGGGGCGUGCAAACGGCUUUGUCACUGUAUGGUCGUUUGAGCGAGGCAGUCUAGAGAGCUGGAUGGGAUUCCGAUCUGACGCGAUGUCUCUAGGAAUGUCGGGACGACCAGUCUACGUGGACGUCGUCGGGUCGUCUGGUGCUGUGGCAUCCGCCACAGAACACAAUAUGCAACGCGCAGAACUCGACCAAGCUCGAGAAGGAGUAACCAACAAUACCCAUGACUUUUACUUGUUGCUGGCAGUGUAUCCUCACGAGGCACGGCUUUACGACCAAGUCACUGGACAGCGUUUUGCGCAGGCUGACUGGCCUGAUCCAGCUCUCAGUGCCUGCAUCAUUGAGCGCCAGAAUGCGCGAAUGCUCGCUGUGAUCGCCUCGAACAGUGUCUUUAUUCUUUCGCUCCCGCGACUCGACACGGUUCAUCGUGUACAGCGCCAUGUCCCGCCAGAUCAAGAAGUUGUGGCAGCCACACCUCGAAUUAGUUUGGAGCGCCAAGGCGAUUUUAUCGAGAUUACGAGCGGACAGCAGCUGCGUCUAUGGACUGUGUUCGGUUCGUUACCGCACGGCGAAAUGCCGAGCAUGUUUUUGUACACGCCGCGAUCCCUUCCACUCCCACCAGGCGCAGGUGCAUCUGGCUAUAUCGCUAGUGUUGCAAGCUGGCUGGGCUCAUCAGCUGGCCAGUCCUUGUCGGCUGGUGCUCAAAUCGACACCAUUAUUUGUGGGAAGCGACGAGCCAAGCUUCCGCCGCUUCCACCACGCAUGACACUUUCCAAAGACAAUGAAAACACACCCAUCGCUUCAUCGAUCACUGAGCAAGGAGCUGGCGCGAAGGAUGCGCCCACAAAUUCGACACAGACGUCGGCAUCAGGCUCAUGGCUUGGUAGCUAUCAGCGCCAGUUCCUUAACUUUGCCUCGAGUAGUGCUCGCGCACAAGCUCAACUCAAUAUGCAGUUGCUGCAUAAACGAGACGAAAUAUUAUCCGACCUAGACGAGAGCAUGACGAAUCUAGAGCGUGGCGCGAAAGACUUCUUCAAGCAAACCCGCAACUCGGCCCUCAAGGCCGCGGCCAAAGACAAGAUCAAGACGUAUCUCUAA